CAAGGAAGAAGAAGAAGAAUCUACUUUAUUGCUUGCUUUCUUGUCUCUGUGGGCUGUUAGCAACGUUGCUAUUGCUCUGUUGUAUUUACUUCUCUACUUUCGCCCCGGACAUCAACGCAUUUCAUAGUUUACCAAACGAUUACCAAAACACUGUACACUGAACUAUUAAACAGAACGUACGUGUUCAAACGUGAUUACUUGACCGACAAGUUAGCCUGCUAGUUGUGGUGCGGUGUUAGCCUGCUAACAUUACGUUAGCAUUUGUACAGUUGGGAUUUUUCGAGAACUUUCUAGAUAAGUCACCGCAGGAUUUAGCGACCUGUCCAGCCGUCAUAUGUGUGAGUACCAGUAGAAGUACUUAACAGUGAACUAAACAGCUAUAACGUUACUGGGACAAAAUGGCCAAAUGGGGAGAAGGCGACCCACGCUGGAUCGUGGAGGAGAGGGCUGAUGCUACCAACGUCAACAAUUGGCACUGGACUGAGCGGGAUGCGACGGGCUGGUCCACAGACAAGCUGAAGGAACUGCUGAUGGGGGUGCGUGUGGAAGGGGAGCAGGGCGUCUGUGAGGUCACUGCAGUCGACACGCUGGAUGGAGAGGCCUCGAUCAACAACCGCAAGGGCAAGCUCAUUUUCUUCUAUGAGUGGAACAUCAAAGCCACGUGGACUGGCACAACCAAGAGUGGCAUCAAGUACAAGGGGAGCAUCGAAGUUCCAAAUCUGUCUGAUGAGAAUGACAUGGAUGACUUGGAUAUCAGUGUUGCGCUCGGUAAAGAUGAGCCACUCACGCCACUGGCUGACCUGAUGAAGAAGGAGGGAGAAAAAAAGAUCCGCAUCGCUCUAGGAAGCUACAUCACCCACCUGAAAUCAGAGUUCACGCAAGGCAUGAUCCUUCCAUCGGCAAAUGGCAUGCCCAGCCAAAAGCAGCAGCAGCAAACUGCCCCCAAAGCUAAAAUGGACAAGUCCCAGACUGGCUCCUCUACUUCGGCUUCCUCAACAGUUGCCACUGGGGUGAAGAUUCCGACCUGCAAAUUCAGUCUGAAAGAUAAUUUCCGCACUGCACCGGAGGAACUCUACAGAGUCUUUCUCCAUCCUGAGAUGGUCCGAGCCUUUACACAUGCUGAUGCGGUUGUUGAAAACCAUAGAGGGGGAAAGUUCCGGCUCCUGGAUGGGAAUGUGUCUGGGGAGUUUCUGGAUCUGGUGCAGGAUGAAAAGAUCGUCAUGAAAUGGAGAUUCAAGACAUGGCCUUGUGAGCACUAUGCCACUGUGACCUUGACCCUGAAGGACAAAGGGGACGAGACGGAGCUGCACCUGGACGCCAGAGGCGUCCCCACCAAUGAGGAGGAGCGGACCAAGGAGGGCUGGCUGAGAUACUACUUUCAGGGCAUUAAGCAGACAUUUGGUUUCGGGGCCCAACUCUACUGAUCCAUCUGGCGCACAUGCAGACACACUUUCACUCAUAGACAGAAGAACACACACACACACACACACACACACACACACACACUCUCUCUUCAGUUAUAUUCUCUGAGCAGCAUACAGAGAACAGGGACUACGCACACUUGUAACGAUGAUGAGGAUGAUGGUAGCCAUAGCCGUCUGUUGUGGUGGCCGUAUUUCCAGCACCAGCUUGCGUAUGUGUAGGAUUACCCCGAAACGAGUUAACCUUUCCUUGCCAGAGACGAUGGAGAGGUUUGCGUCUGGUUAUACAAAAAGCUUUCAAGGGUCAGAGCUUUCAUGCUUUUUAAAAGAGAACAGUGUUUUUGACAUCGAUCUGUCUAAAUGUGUCCUCUUGCAGUGUAUUUUAAUUAUCCAGAGUAUUUUGAAUGUAAUUAUAAGUUUGUGUUUUUUUUUUUGUGUGUUUACAUUUAUUGGACAUCAAGACUCUCUCGUGUGACAGUUCUGUUCUUUUUACCAUAUGAGCCUGCUUUUGAAAACAAAUGCCAAAUUAACAACAGACGGUUUACAACAUCUGUGUUGAUACUUGUCACAUUGAGAAGCAAUUGGUCACAUCUGCAGAAUAUGGAAAAUAUGACCCGGUUAAAUUGUAAAAAGAAAAUAUCUAGUGAGUAAUGUGUUGAUAAAAUAAACGUAUUACAUAAAUUAUUUUGAUGAAUGUUGUAUGAUGUUUGACUUAGAGAGGUUCUCACAUACUUGAAAUUGUUAAUGGCCCUAAAAUUCAAACAUGCUCAUCUAAGGCAAUCAUCUCCUAUACUGUUCUUCAAUAAAGUCAUCAAUCAAUUGGA